AUGGAUUCAAAGACUAUUGGUAUUUUGGGUGGUGGCCAAUUGGGCCGUAUGCUAUUAGAGUCUGCCAAUAGAUUAAAUGUUAAAACUAUAAUUUUAGAGCAAGGUAACAAUUCUCCUGCAAAACAGAUCUCAAACUCCACAGAACACAUCGAUGGUUCGUUUAACAACCCUAAGGAUAUAGAGAAAUUGGCUUCAAAAUGUGAUGUCUUAACUGUUGAAAUUGAACAUGUUGACGUAAACACUUUGUUUAGUUUAACUGAAAAAUUCCCAAAUUUAAAAAUUUAUCCUUCUCCAAACACAAUUAAAUUGAUUCAAGAUAAAUAUUUACAAAAGAAACAUUUAAUUGAUAACAAUAUUGAUGUUAUUGAAAGUUUGGCAGUAGAAUCUUCAGAUUCUCAAACUUUAUCAAGAAUUGGGGAGUCAAUUGGUUAUCCAUAUAUGUUAAAGUCAAGAACUUUAGCUUAUGAUGGACGUGGAAACUUCGUUGUUAAAUCAAAAGAUGAUAUAGACAAUGCUUUACAAUUCUUAUCCGAUAGACCUUUAUAUGCAGAAAAAUGGUGUCCAUUCGUGAAAGAAUUAGCAGUGAUGGUAGUUCGUUCCUCAAAUGGAGAUAUCUUCUCUUAUCCAACUGUAGAAACUGUUCAUGAAGACAAUAUAUGCCAUUUGGUCUACGCUCCUGCAAGAAUCCCUGAUUCAAUUCAGUUGAAAGCUAAACUUUUAGCCGAAAAUGCUAUUCAAACUUUUACAGGUGCAGGUAUAUUUGGGGUAGAAAUGUUUUAUUUGUCAUCUGGUGAUCUUUACAUUAACGAAAUUGCACCAAGACCUCAUAAUUCAGGCCACUAUACAAUCGAUGCAUGUGUCACCUCACAGUUCGAAGCCCAUCUGAGAUCUAUUUUGGAUCUACCUAUGCCAAAAUAUUUUACAUCCCUUGAGACUUCAAUGACUAAUGCAAUAAUGCUAAAUGUUAUUGGCGAUAAAGGAGUUAAAGAUAAAGAAUUAGAAACUUGUAAACGUGCAUUGGAAACUCCUAAUGCUUCUGUGUAUCUAUAUGGUAAAGAAUCAAAACCAAAGAGAAAAGUUGGACACAUAGUAAUGGUGUCAUCUUCCAUGGAAGAUUGUGAAAGGAAAUUGAAUUAUAUCUUGGGUAACUCUUCUAAACUUUCAAUAUCUGAUGAACAAUUUUUGAAGGGAAGAAAACCCUUAGUUGGCAUUAUAAUGGGUUCUGAUUCUGAUCUCCCAGUUAUGUCUGCAGCAUGUAAAGUUUUGCAAGAUUUUGAUGUCCCAUUUGAAGUUACUAUAGUUUCUGCUCACAGAACUCCACAUAGAAUGAGUAAAUAUGCUAUUGAAGCAGGAAAGCGUGGUAUUAAAACAAUUAUUGCAGGCGCAGGUGGUGCUGCACAUCUUCCUGGUAUGGUGGCAGCCAUGACACCACUUCCAGUAAUAGGUGUUCCUGUUAAGGGCUCCACUUUAGACGGCGUUGAUUCUUUACAUUCGAUUGUCCAAAUGCCAAGAGGCGUACCUGUCGCAACUGUUGCAAUUAAUAACAGUACCAAUGCGGCUUUACUUGCUAUAAGAAUGCUAGGUUCAUUUGAUACAAUUUAUUAUGAAAAGAUGCAAUCAUUCCUUCUAAAGCAAGAAGCAGAAGUUCUAGAAAAAGCUGACCGUUUAGAAACGAUAGGCUAUCAAGAUUAUUUAUCACAAAUGAAAUAA